AUGUCAAUCGAAGUCGACUGGGCGGCUGCUACCUCCGGCCCGGACGGGGAAGCCCUGGCAGAGCGAAUCCGGUCGUUCGUGCACGACAAAUUCCAGGAGAUCACCUUGCCGCGCUUCAUUCGCUCGGUUCAGGUCCACUCCUUCGAUUUCGGGACUACUGCCCCCGAUCUCGAGAUAAAAGACAUCUGCGAACCGUUCGCAGAUUUCUACGAGGAAGACGAUGACGAUGACGAUGCCGACACCUCCGUCGCCUCAGAGGAGCUCAUGUCCGAGCUCCAAAAAUCCCCAUACGAAGACGACAUGGCCUUCAACCCCACAGCGCAUAGCCUUCAUAAUUUCAGUCACCAUCCAUACCCCGGUGAAGGCUUCCAACCAUCCGCACUUCGAUCCCCACUAGGCGACCACCUUAACCCGCAUUUCAUGCCCCGCGCCAGCACACCUGGAAUCCCCGGCGGCACGUCAACGUUGGGAUACCACAUGCGGUCCCUGGGCGGUCUAUCAGGCACCCAGACACCCCUUGCCGCCGUAGCAGGUGGCACCUCGUUUACGAGCGGAUGGUCAGACUCAGGUAUGGGUGCCGGACCCAGGUCCCAAGCAGCUCGCCAUCAUCUCACGGAGCCAGACCUGGAUGCCACCAACUCCGCCUCCCGGCCCUCAACCGCAAGCACACCCCCCUCCCAUCCUUCCCUUGGGCACACUGGCAGCAGUGGGUCAAAUCCCCAUUCCAGCGAUCCCACCGAUGCACCACAGCCCUCAAUAGAGAUUUCAGAUGACCCUGCCGCUGAGGGCCAAUCAUUCCCAGUCCCGCCUCGCAUGCGCGAGCGCCGCCCAGAAGACUUCCAGGUGUUGUGCCAUGCUAAGUAUGCUGGCGAUGUACGCAUGUCCCUGACUGCGGAGAUCCUCCUUGACUACCCGAUGCCCAGCUUCGUGGGGCUGCCAUUGAAGUUGAACGUCACGGGCAUUACGUUUGACGGAGUGGCCGUUGUUGCAUAUAUCCGCAAGCGAGUGCAUUUCUGUUUCCUCUCUGCGGAAGACGCAGACGCCCUGCUUGGAUCGGAACAGUCUCAGGGUAGUCAAAAUCCCAGUGAUGAUGGUCAGCCUCCUCGGGCUGGGGGCGAUCAGAAGGAGAAGGACCUGAAGCGGCAGGGUGGGUUAUUGCAGGAGAUCCGGGUGGAUAGUGAGAUUGGUCGCAAGGAAGAUGGGAAGCAGGUAUUGAAGAAUGUUGGAAAAGUCGAGCGGUUUGUGCUCGCGCAGGUUCGAAGGAUCUUUGAGGAGGAGCUCGUCUAUCCUAGCUUCUGGACAUUCUUGGUUUGA